GUUGACGAAACAUAAUGCGUAAGUUGCUCAAACAUCCUUGUUUAUUUGAAAGUUUUAAACUUUUACAAAUGAUCGCUUCAUCAAUUCCGUCGUGUGUUUUCAAUUUGUUACAACUAUUUAAGUACAUGCACUGAAAAUACAAAAUAGUACAAGUGAAGAUGGAUUGUACAGUGAUAUCUUUGUUACUUAUCUACUUCAGGUUUCUGCCUACAGUUGCAGGUGAAGAAAGUAGUUGUAUUCCAGGACAAUGGGGAAUCAACUGCACGAGCACCUGUCCAGCGUUUUGUUCAAUCCAUGGUUGCGACAAGAAAACUGGUUUUUGUUACGAAUGUCUGAGCGGUUUCCAAGGAAAAUAUUGUGAUAUAUCAUGUCCUUUAAAGUGUCCCUUUUGUGACCAAUACAAUGGAGAAUGUUACACAUCAUGUUCCAUUAACUGUAGAACUUGUAAACAUUCCACCGGUACAUGUUGGUAUUGUAAACCCGGCUGGUAUGGAAAGGAGUGUGAACUGCCUUGCUUUUCAGGUUGUGAUCUAGACUAUUUUAGUUUGGAUUGUGAGAGGAAUGGUAAUUGCAUGCGUUGUCUCAAUGGAUGGUACGGGUCGAAGUGCGAAAAACAAUGCGAGAACUGUUUCGGCGCAUGUUCUAAAUAUUCUGGCUCAUGCAAACAUUGUGUUGCAGGAUUUUGGGGUACAUAUUGUUCGAACAAAUGUAAAGGAACAUGCGAAAUGUGUGAUAAAUCUGACGGGAAAUGUUUGCUUUGCCCGGACAAAUACUGGGGACCUUACUGCUCUCGCCACUGUACCUCCAAAAAUUGCGAGAGGUGUGAUAUAAAUACAGGAAUUUGCAAAAAGUGUAACGCAGGCUACUGGGGUACAGACUGUGAGAAACAGUGUAACAAUUGUACUGACAAAAAAUGUGAUAUUUCAUCAGGCUUAUGUGAAAAUUGUCAGGUGGGGUAUGCAGGCGAAUAUUGCAACAUUAGAUGUGAAACAUCUAGAUGUUCAAAUUGGUACUGUAACAGAAGACAAGGGUUCGCUUGCUCAUUUUGUAAAUAUGGAUAUUGGGGUACAUUUUGUGAAAAUAAAUGUAUUGGAAAUAAUUGCGGACAAUGCAGUAAAGAUUGGGGAAUUUGUACCAAGUGUACCGCUGGGUAUUGGGGACAUUCCUGCGAGAAAAAAUGUCCGGUGAAUUGCAUACUUAGCUGCGACAAAAAUUCAGGUAAAUGUAAUUAUGUAUCCGUACAAGAUACGUUUCAUCACAUUACUGAAUCUUAUUGUAAACCAGGGCAUUGGGGAACUAGGUGUGAAAAUAAAUGUUUAGAAGAAAAUUGCGAGAGUUGUGAUCUUUUAUCUACCCCUGGGCUUUGCUCCAAAUGUAAGCCUGGGUUUUGGGGACAAGACUGCCGGAAUAGAUGCUCACCUGAAAAAUGUAUGAAAUGCAACAAAGAUGAUGGUAUUUGUACUCUGUGCAAGAACGGCUUUUCGGGGAAAAACUGCACUUUACUAUGCCAUGGUCAGUGUCAUUGCUGUAACGCUAUUUCUGGUGAAUGUGUUCUGGACAAAUGCUCGGAUAAUACCGAAACACCAAAUGCAGCAAUAGUCAAUAACAGCUUGCCGAUUGUUGGUAUUGUACUGGUAAUUUGUUCGAUCGUCAUGAUUGUCAUAGUAACAUUGUUUAUUUCCUUAAUGAGAAGUCGCAGAAGGCGAAGGUCAACUAAAAAUUCUGCACAACAUCAGAAUAUUGAAGAUGCUACAGUGUCAUACAGAGGUAAUAUUUUAAUUACCUCUAAUAUUCAGUAACAGAUACAUAAUGUAUAUAUGUUGGAGUGAGCAAGAAAAGGGAAAAAGACUAAGAAUCAAGGCCAGCACACACGAAUGAGACAUACAACGGAUUAGAAAUUGACAGCAGACCGGAAUCUAAUUAUGGGAACAUGAACGUCUCUGAAGAUGUUGAAAACCUGAUCACUUUAGAAAUAUCUAGAAUAUGAAAACAUGCUGAGAAACUGUUAUAUCUGCCUACAUGCACUUACCAUACUACAUGUAUUAUAAUGUAACUGUAUAUUUGAUCAAAAUAGCUAAAUUAUAUUGCAAUGCAAAUUUUAUUGUUUUAUGAAAUACAUAUGUCACGAGUGGCUACAACUGAGAUAUGAUAAUUUUCAUACCACGAGAUAAAUGCUGUAUUUUGUUUAGGAAAAAUGUGAAUUUUGUGUUUAUCAUAUACAUUUCUCUUUUUGACCUUGUAAUUCGAAAGACUUUCAUUACAUUGUGUGUAUUUGCUGAACUAAGAAGAUAGUAGUCUCAGUUUCACAGUAGUGAAAAAUAUUUGUUUACAGUGAAAAUAUGUAAAAUGAAAACUUGCUUUUUAUAUAAUCACUUUUUCUCGAUAUUUCUUUUAUAAAUAUAUUAUUAAUCUAAUUACUGAUAUUUAGCAUUCAUUCAAGUUCUAUGGAUUUAUUAAUUCAUUUCUUGUAUAAACUAUACACAUUCAUAAGGCAUUUAUACGGACAGCUUCUUUAAUGCGGGAAGUCAUUAUAAAAAUCUGCUGAUUUGCUUCUUAUUUUUCAUACGUUUACAUAAGAUGUCGAUUAUGAAGCUACUCGAUAUCCUCGAGAUGCUUGCUAGCAGGCAAAGUAUUUAUUAAGUAUAAUUUUUUAUUUAAUGUGCCAAAUCACAUUUAUUCUAUGUGUUGUUUCGUUCAACAUCAAAUUUAACAUGUGAUUGAAAUUUGUAGAGCGUUUGACAGAUAAUACCUUUCUACUGAAUUUGGAGUGAAUAAGUUCAACAUCAGGUCUAACGUGACCACCCCAGAAAUCAGCCGCGUAAUUUAACGUAGAAGCUACCAAUGAAUCGAUCGAAUAUAUCACAUUGUUUGGACACUGGUAAGUUAAGUUGGUUAAAUUAAACCGUGCUGGGCUUUUCGCUUUUGUGUUCGAUUCCAGUUGCUAUUUUAUAUUAAUGAACGCGCAAAUAUUUAAAAGAAACUACACAUUCUAUAUGAUUGGUGUACAGAUAAAAUUCAAAUUUAGUAUGGCAGCCUUUUACAAAAUGAAACGUAAAUAUUAUGUUCCCAGAUUUCCUAUUAUCGAUUUGUUCGCCUUGAUGUUAUUUAUUUUUUUUUGUUAAAGUAAAGCAGUGUUUUGAAGCGAAGCAUGCGCAUUGCAAGUUUAGUUGAAAGGUUUUAAUGAGUUUAGGCUUUAAAUGAAAUGCAUUAACUUCAAUUUGAUUCGCAAAAAUGAAUGUCGCCAUCAGAUAUAAUUUAAUUUCACGAUAUAAAUAACCAGAAAUCAUCCGUAUAUAAUAUCUGUAUAUUUUGCAUAUAUUGUUUAAUGUUUGGGUGUGGUAUUUUACCGAAGGUUUAGAAUUGUCAUGAUCACAAGGCGGAACUCAUGGCUCAUAACAUUGUAACAAAAUUAUUAAUGUGUCUAUUUACCACGAAUCUAAUUGAAAAUGAGUAUCAUUUUCUUCUUGCCUGCUAAAUAUAUCGUGAAAUAAGGAAAAGAAUAAUAAAACCAUAUAUUUGCAGAUAGUCAACUCUUAAUAAAUUCGAUAGACUGAUGACUAAAGGUAAUGAAAGACAACUGUUAAAUUUAUCAAAAUAUAUAUCUUUUUUAAAUAAAUUAAGGAAUAGUUUAGAAAUGAUAGUAAUUAUAUCUGUAUGACGAUUUAAAUUUACUUAUGUCAAAAUUGUUUAUACAUUGUGUGAGCUUCUUUAUGCAAAAGUAUUAGAUGGCUAAUGAUAUCUCGUGUCAUUUUUCACCUUAUGUCAAUUAUAUAAUAUCGCUUAAAGCAUUGCAAUUCUUAAUUUCUAAAUAAAUGUUGUUGUUGUU